GCCAAGAGCCAAAAUGGUUUGUAGGCCACCCCAACAGAAAGCUCGCACAUCAGCAAUGGGAAGUGGGGUCGUCGAACUGCAAAGAAACUCAACCAACUGGGCUAAGGCUGUGGGAGAAAUUGUGAAAAUGGAGAGAAAGAUCUUUCCCAAACACGAAUCACUUGCUUCGUCCUUUGCCGAAGAACUGAAAAAGAAGAAUUCUGGGUUGAUUUACAUGGAGUUGGACGGUGAAGUCGUUGGCUAUGUCAUGUAUUCUUGGCCUUCUUCUUUGUUUGCUUCUAUCGCUAAGCUUGCAGUGAAGGAGAAUUACAGGAGGCAAGGCCAUGGAGAGGUAUUGCUGAAAGCAGCAAUUCAGAAAUGCAGAUCAAGAAAGGUCCAUCGCAUAUCACUACAUGUUGAUCCCUUGAGGACUCCAGCAAUGAGUUUAUACAAGAAGCUUGGUUUUCAGGUUGAUGCUUUGAUAGUGGGUUACUACUCUCCAGACCGAGACGCCAACAGAAUGUACUUGGAAUUUGAUUCUGAAUAGUGGAAAUACUUCUUAAAUUUUGAACCAAUACAUUUUGACACCAGUGAAUUUUAAUUUCCACGUAAUUUACAGGUUUAUUUUUCCUUUGUGUA